AUGUUGUUUUCCAGUGCUCUGAUCGCCGUCGCGGCGGCCGCCGCCUCGCUCGCGUGCGUGCUUCCCCCGGGGGCGCUCCCUAAUAAUAUCGCAGAGGGCUUCGCGAUCCAGGUCCAGAAUGCGUCCUUCCCCGUGAUACACAACCGCUUGUUGAACCAGUGGGCGGCCGGCGGCGGCGACCAGCACCUGUAUCUGAGUCCGGCUGGCGCACCCGCCAGCGAACUGACUCUUGUCGAUGGCGUCAUUACGCAGUUGAGCAAUGGCACGACGAUUCGGGCCGUCAUCAACGGAGAAUAUACUGCCUUUGACAACACGACCAAGAUGUUCAUGACGGAGCGCGGAGACCCGCGCGCCGUGUAUGAUGUCGCGCACGGCUGCGAUCCGGACACGGACGCGGUCCAGACGGAGCUGGUGUUCAAAGAACGGGCUGGCGUGCCGGGUGGGCAUGUAUGCGUGAGGCUUGCGUCCGGGAACAGGUGGGAGUUCCGCUACUCGCCUCCAGGAAAUACUGCGGUUGACAAUGCGGACCGGCUAUGCAUCAAGGUGACGUUGGCGGUGGUCCGUAGAUAA